AUGUCUGCUGCAUCUAACGCCUCGUGCAUCUUCUGCAAGAUUAUCAAGGGCGAGAUUCCUUCUUUCAAGCUCAUUGAGACCAAGCUCACUUACUCCUUCUUGGAUAUCCAGCCUACUGCUGAGGCCCACUGUCUUGUUAUUCCAAAGUACCACGGGGCCAAGUUGCACAAUCUUCCAGAUGAGUAUCUCGCUGACAUUUUGCCAGUGGUGAAGAGAUUGACUAAGGUCUUGAAACUUGACCAGAACGAUACCCCAGAGGGAAGUGGCUACAAUGUCUUGCAGAACAACGGAAGAAUUGCCCACCAGGUUGUGGACCAUGUCCAUUUCCACUUGAUUCCAAAGAAGAACGAUGAAACUGGAUUGGGCGUUGGUUGGCCUGCUCAGGAAACCGACUUUGGCAAGUUGGGUAAGCUUCACGAAUCUUUGAAGGAAGCUUUGGCGGUUGAGGAGAAAUUGUAA